AAAACCCUCUGCCUCAGGACAUAGAUUUUGAUAUUUCAUCUUUCUAUCCUGACAGAAGAAUCGAAUCCAUCAACUCUUACCCCAAGCAACCUGGUUUCUGUGAAGGUAUGCCAGCGGCCGUGAACAACAUUACGACAACAACGUCUUCAGCUCAAAACUUUGCAUUAACUGUUGGUUACUCAUCACCGUUGCCCCAUGGACAACUUGUAUCAGAACCUCUACAAGUUGAGCUUGAAAAUAAAGAGCUUUGGGAGAAAUUCCAUGAUAUAGGUACAGAAAUGAUCAUUACCAAGAACGGACGUCGAAUGUUCCCAGUUGUUCGGUCCAACAUUACCGGCUUGAGUCCUAAAGAAGAAUACAUCAUCGGGCUAGAUCUUGUCCCUGCUGACGAGAAUCGUUACAAGUACCAUAACACAGAAUGGGCAAUAACAGGCAAGGCUGAAAACCUGAUCCCAUCUCGAGUUUUUAUCCACCCUGAUUCCCCUGGAACCGGAGCCCAGUGGAUGAGACAAGUCGUAUCCUUCCAGAAACUCAAGCUAACAAACAACCUCAAUGACCAAUCUGGCCAUGUGAUAUUGAACUCCAUGCAUAAAUACCGUCCUCGUAUUCACGUCAUCCCCGCCAAGGAGUACAACAUGUUUAGCAUGAAGAAAGGCACGUUCUACACGUUUACUUUCCCAGAGACUGAAUUUAUGGCUGUGACGGCUUAUCAGAACCCGAGGGUAAGUUGUUGGUUAUAUUGA